CACUGAGUAUACGGAGUGGCGAGGGAGGGAGAGAAAAGACCGCGAGCGUUAUGAGCUCGAGCACUAUGUCAACGGCGAGGAAAUGAGCCUCACAACCACAGAGGACUGAAGAACCAUGGAGUUUAAGGCAACUCACCUUACACACUGGUUACAGGUGCCGGUCGUAACACUAUUUUAGCAGCUAAACAGCUUUGUGACAAGAACGCGCAGAGGACUGGCAGGAAUUACCGGAAUGUCUGGGGGACAUCGUUAAUCAUGUGCCUUGGCAACGUGUCGGUGCCACCUCAGUAUCUAUUAGCGGAGACCGAGGAGGUUUCGAGAGGAGGAGGGGUACGAACAGACAGGUAGGAGACCAUUGCUUUCGCCGUUGUUUCGUUUUCAUUACUUGCUACCUAAUCCAACAACCAUGGAUAACCACAAGGAGAAUAAGGUGCGGAAACAGUCCAUGAAAACCAAAUCGACAAAGCGUCAUGAGAAGAAAUACAAAGCCGGGAAGCUUUUCAGAAGAAAAUCGAUGAAGUCCGUUGGGAAUUUUAUGAACAGGAUACUGAAAACUUUGGGAACUUUGGCACACUUUGGCGACGUCGAGCCACCUGACGCCGAGGAUGACGAUGGGGGCUUCAGAGACAGCGCCACUUGCACGCUCAGUACAAACUCAGGGAAUUUGAAUAAAGAUGAACUUCAGGUCUCAAGGGAGAUUAUGGUGAAGAAAAGCCCCUCUACGUUGUCUUCUCAUGGAUCUAUAAAAGAUAGGCUGUCGUGGUGCUAUGGCGACAAAACUCCCGGUGUGCUUGGAUUGAAGAAUCAUGGAAACACCUGUUUCAUGAAUGCGGUUGUUCAGUGCCUCAGUAAUACAGACCUACUGGCUGAAUAUCUUGGGUUAGAACAAUACAAAUCGGAUUUGUGUCAGGGUAGAGUAAACGGAAUUGUAAAAAGCGAGGACGCACAAUAUGCCAGAGGUGAGGUUACCACUCAGUUGGCAUCCUUGGUGCGGGCGCUUUGGACCUUCGAAUAUACGCCUCAGUUGUCCGUGGAAUUUAAGAGUGCUGUGUCCAAGUACGGCUCCCAGUUCAGGGGAAACUCCCAGCACGAUGCCCUGGAGUUCCUUCUCUGGCUGCUGGACCGCGUCCACGAGGAUGCCAACCCCUCCUCCAACAACCAAGCUGGCGGCAAGAUCAAAGCCAACGCGAAGGGUGUGGUGGGAGGAGGGGAGGACAGCCCUGGAUCCAGCUUAGCAGCAGCACACCAGCCUGGAGCACGACACAGUUUCGUCCAAGAACACUUCCAGGCACAAUACAGGUCCUCUCUGACAUGUCCCCAUUGCCUUAAGCAGAGCAAUACCUUUGACCCCUUCCUCUGCAUCUCACUGCCCAUUCCUCUCCGGCAAACCAGGUGCAUGUGUGUCGUCCUGGUGUUCAGUACGAAAGGUCAGAGGUAUCUACGCGUCGGUCUGGCUGUGCCUCUCAUUGGCUCCAUUGCCCACCUGCGCUCUAUGGUGGCUGAGGAGGGCAAAAUUACAGCGGACGAGGUGAUCCUGUCGGAGCUUUACACCACAGGCUUCCAACGCUCCUUCCACGAUGACGACGACCUGACCAGCAUUGCAGAGAGCGAUGUGGUGUACGCCUUCCAGGCUCCGCCCCUCCACAUGCGGGGAGGCUCCACACGGAUCUCAGGCUACCACCACAGCCUCCCUUCCUCCCCCUACACCUCUGGGCAAGAGGGUCAAAGGUUACCCCCCUCGACCACUCUGUCUUCAGAGUUCCUGAACUACGGUGGCUCCACCAAGGUGCUGCUCGUGAUUUGCAACACAGCAGGUUCAGGCCAACAGGCAGUAAGGUUUGGACCUCCCUUCCUAACGCGAGAGGAGCGCUCGCUCUCCUGGGACCAGCUGCAGCAGAGUCUCCUCAGCAAGCUCUACUACCUGAUGCUGAACGGGUCCCAGGCUCAGAAUGCGGGGGUGCUGUUCAAGAUCCGAGUCGUGGGAGGAUCGGCCUCGUACAGCUACCUGUCACCCCAAGACGCCCGGCCUCUCUUCCACCCCGCCGUGGACAGAGCCCUGAAGCUCUGCGGCCCAGGCGGACCACCCCACGUGAAGCUGGUGAUCGAGUGGGACCAUAAGACCAAGGAAUGCCUGUUCGGUAACAUCCAGGAGGAGGUGGUGAAGGACGGUGAGAGCGUCAGGCUCCGGCAGCAGCAGCACCUCCAUCAGCACAGCUGCACCCUGGACGAGUGCUUCCAGCUCUACACCAAAGAGGAGCAGCUGGCCCCAGACGAUGCGUGGAAGUGCCCCCAUUGUAAACAGCUUCAGCAGGGCAUGGUGAAGAUGUCCUUAUGGACCCUGCCUGACAUCCUCAUCCUCCACCUGAAACGCUUCCGCCAGGUGGGUGAGCGGCGCAACAAGCUGUCCACCCAGGUGCGCUUCCCCCUGGCCGGGUUGGACAUGGCCCCGCAUGUGGUGAAGAGGUCCCAGAGCAUGAGGAACCUGGGAAACCUGGGUCCCUGGCCUCCCGUGUGGAAACAGCCCAGCAGCAGCCAUCACAUCAGUCAUCCAGACAUGGCUCUGCCCCCAGACUACCUGUACGACCUCUAUGCAGUGUGUAACCACCAUGGAGGAAUGCACGGAGGACAUUACACAGCGUAUUGCAGGAACUCCGUGGACGGCCAGUGGUACAGCUAUGAUGACAGCAGUGUGGACCUGGUGCCUGAGGAGGAGGUUUGUACCAGGGGAGCCUACAUUCUCUUCUACCAGAGACGCAACGUCAUCCCCCCCUGGUCUGCCAGCAGCUCUGUCAGAGGCUCCACCAGCUCCUCCAUGUCGGACCACUGGCUGAUCCGUCUGAACGGGGACAGUAAAAGGGGUAGUCUGGUGUCCCGUUCCUCCACCACCUGCCCCUCCUCUGUCCCCGACUCCCCAGAAUCCCCCGUCUUCCUGGACGACCCCGCCAGGGAGGAGAAAGGUGAGGGGUCGGCGCAGCAUGAGAAACGUGUUACACCAAAGAAAGGUGGUUUUGAGACCAGGCCGUUUGUCCGGGGCAUACAGGGUCGGAGCGUCAGCAUGAGGACUCCCACCAAGCCCAAGGAGACAUUGACCAAAGUCCUCCCCCUGCGCUGGUCGUUCGGCUCCAAGGACCGCCGGAACGCCGCCCCCGCCCCCGUCCCCUCCCCCGUGGAGCUGGUGGAGUACCUGGAGUCCGGGAGGAGACCGCGAUGCACCAAGGACUCCAUAGUCAACUUAAUGACGGUCCCCCCGGGAACCAAGGAGGCCCCCGAGAGCCGACCAUUCCAGCCGAGGUCGGCCGUCAGCUCCCCCGGCGUGGGAAGCAGCCUGAGCUGCAUGGGACAACCCAAGUCUCCAAAGUUAGCGGAGGGCCAGAGGAGGCCGGUCCCGGACAAGACGGGAAGUCUGAGACGGAGCAGCAGGGGGCAGCAGAGGGACGAGGCCGCGAUGAGCAGCAGCAGUAGCAGCAACACUCUCACCAGGAGGAGUAGCAGGAAGACCAAGGAGGAGCAGGGGAGGUCCCAGGAGGCCCAGUCCAGGAGGGGGUCCAGCACAGGGGUCCCGACGAGUUCCAGCACCCCCAGCUUCAGAGACCGGGAUCGGGAAGGCACCCUGAAAAGGGGAGCCAAGGGCCACGCGGACCCACCGCCGGGGGACCGCCUCCCCCCAGAGGGAGACAAGACCAGGCCGGGUGAGAAGGGGGAGGCGACGUCCAGGAACGAGGGGAUUCUGUCGUUUUUCAAGAGCAAUUUCAAACGGAGGGAGUCGUCCCGUAGGUCCGACACCGGGAAGGUUCCGGACGUCAAUGGGUCCAGGAGCACCUCCCGGCUGCAUCUGUCCAACGGAGCCCCCGGUGGCGGGUCGGCGUCCGAGGAGCCGAGGCCCAACGGAGCCCCCCGCACCGGGGGCAGCGCGUUCUUUGGGGACGAGCUGCCCAACGGCAAAUCCAGACGCGCCGCCGAUAUGAAACGGUCCCAGAGUUCGUCUAACAUCCCCACCAGGGAGGAGUCGAGCUUGAGGAGGACCGCCUCUUUACACCGUAACGGGCUGUCGCAUGGCGUGGCCCCGCCUCCUCGCAGCCUCAUGGCCGAGAAGCCAUCCUACGGAACCCUGCAGAGAACACGCUAUAGUACCACUUCACUGGGGCGCAAGAGGACGGUCCCCGAGUCCACCUUUUAGCUGCCUCUAUCACACACCCUAUUUCUCACACACACACACACCCCAAUACCCGCACACCCAAUCAAACAUGCUUUCACACAAACACAGCAGGGUGGUAUUCACUAGGCACUAAACAGACGCAUGUGGACUAGCUCAAUCUGCCGGGUAGAAAAAUCUCAACUUCAUUUUCUGUUUAGCAGGUUUUGCUGAAUUGUGCACUAAUGGAUGUGACACGGAUCAAGGCAAUAGACUUCCUCUUGAAAAAGACACUGCUCUAGGGACACUGUUGCUCCCUCUGGUGUCAUGACGGAAUAUGAUAUCCUUUAAAGUGACAGUCCUCUGGGCCAAAGAGGAUGUUGAGAAAAGAGUACACGCAAAAUAUGCCUGCUGACAAACAGUCAUGAAAUAUUUAGCAAUUCCAGUGAAUAUCUUUUUUUUUUUUGUUUUACUUAACAAGUGCCUCUGUAAACUGCUAUGCAGUUUCAGACUAAUGAGUUUGUCUCCACCUGAUCUACAGAAGAAUGUGUCGUAUUUACACGGACGUGACGCGCACACAUUAUCUACGGUUGUGUCCUCAUCACAUGUUGUUACUGGAUGGGAUUGUUUGGAAGGGCAGGUUAGGACAACAUUAUGAUAUAUUUAGUUAUCUGUCGAUACAUUCAAACAGCUCCACCAUAGCAGAUCUCGCUAGAUUAUUUGGAAUAAAUCAUAAAAUAUACAGCUUUAAAAGUUGAUUUCCGCCUUGAUUGAACUAUAAACGAUUUAACUGGUUGUUGGCUGCUUGCACUGCAAACUGGCUGCUAUAUUCACAAAUGAAGGUUAUCACGUAGCACUUUUUACAAUGCCUUAGCAUGUUAUAAGAAGGAUACCCUCCUAGCAAACACUUGGCCCACACCUAUUUCCCCUGUAUUCUGAAGCUCAUCACAAUAUGCAGUUUGACCGCGCAAUGGAUUCAAAAUCAGCUUAGCUUCUCUAAAAGGACCUUUGACAUUUCUAAUACUGACAUCAGGGUGUUUGAUUUAAAUGAAAUUUGGUUUUAAAAUCAAAGUAAAUAGUGACCUCAGAUUGAUCGGUCUUGGCCGUUGGUAUUUGAACUUAAUGAUGGCGACAAUCGGGUAGAUCUUGUGGUCUGUUCUCUGUGAUCUAUUCUCUGUGUUCACUGUAGCAGUUGGGCAUUCUCCAACGGUAAGCAGCAGGUGCUCUGCUCGGAACAGCCCUGAAUGUCACAGACCCUCACCAAGGUCAACAUGUAUAACAGGUAUCUCUUCACGUCUCCCUCCAUAUCUCUCUGUGUAGUAUCCUUUUUUCCCUUUCUUUGUCCAUUCCCCGUCGUUCAUCAUGUUUCUCAUUAAGUCUCUUUGGCUGCCGACCCAAGGCCAUAUCUGCUGUAAUCUGCGUUUGCUCUCUUAUGGCGUUAACAGCAUAGGCGUUUGAUUGAAGCCCCCUCAUUCUAACUGAAGGUUGAAUGCAACUGUAGACGGGGGUUGGUGGGGUUGAGGCUCCUCCUCAAUGGUCUGUUCUCCCCUUAAGAGCUGUUAAGAGGCACCGGGGAAGAGGCCAUGCUGACAAUAUAACGGAUGAAUGAAGCUGUUGCAGUACGGCUGAGAAAAGCACCUCAACAGCCGCACCCACACAAUAUAGCUGGUCAGACCUCCUUGUACAGACCCCACGGUCACAUUCCAUGGCACACUUCACAGGAGGGAGAAGAACACUCACACCUCCACCCACAAGAGGUAGAGGGUUUUUAGAGCACAACCGUUGUACAGGACGCCGUUUCACUGAAAUAACGAAAUUGUAAGUGCAAUUUUCGAUUGACACUAGCAACGACCUGGAAGGCAUGUAAACUCACUGACGUUGUUGUUCUGGUGACUAGCAUGGCGCUCUCCGUCAAACAAGUGAUGUUGAUGGCGAUAAUAGAAUGGUUUGCUAAUGUGAGAUGUUUUUGGUUACCAUCAAUUUCUUUGUUCCUAUUCUGUUGAUGGAGCUGGAAGGACUUUUCACAGAACAAGACUUUGCACGUCACCUCUCGUUCCACUCCAGUACACACAGAGCGAAACGUCCUCUUUAGACAUCAGUAGCCUUGGAAAGUAUCCAUCAAAAUGUUUUUCAUGUUACCCCAGAAGGGGGUGUAUGACAAUUGCCAUUUUCGUCUGUUUACACUAUCAAAACAAAUAUCAGACGAAAAUCUGCCAUCAAGUUCAUCGAAAUAAAACUCUCGUAGUGUAAAAACCCUCUUAGCCCAUGACAUUCAUUACCUCGUCAUCUUGUCUAAGGGGCUGUGCCCGUCAGAAACGCUUUGAAGCAAUAAUGGUUGAAUGAAGUUGUCCCUGUUUUACACGUUUUUGAAGUGUAGAAAGAAAAAUGCACUCCGCGGAAGUUUUGGAGGAGAUACAACAGUUUAUCAUAGAUGCACAAAGCAAGGAUAACACAAAAGUAUCAAAUCCAAACGGGAGGUUUCAACAAAUGAAUGCCUUUUGUUAGCAUAGUUUUUACUUGAAAAUAUACAUUGGACCAAUUUCUUAUUAAACAGGUCUUCACUGCAAAAAACAUCUAGUAUAUCUAAUACAUAUUUUAUAUUGAGCUUUUCAUUAGAUCUGUAAGAAAAAUUGAACUUUUACAUUUGAAAAGCUUUAAUGUUAGACAUAUUACGCUAUUACAAUCCUAAAUUGUGAAGUGGGUCAUUGAAAGUCCGUCUUUGCAGCUUGGGUGGCUUACCAGGGGUAGACGUUCCGAGUCAACUGUCAUGAUAUGUUACUGUUGUCCAUAGUCCUUAGUAGGACAGAGCUUUGCUUGGUGAUAGAUAGCAUGUGUUAUCUACACCAUGGCCUAUGGACCGCAUUAUCUACCUUAUCAACACCAUGGCCUAUGGACCGCAUUAUCUACCCUAUCAACACCAUGGCCUAUGGACCGCAUUAUCUACCCUAUCAACACCAUGGCCUAUGGACCGCAUUAUCUACCUUAUCAACACCAUGGUCUUAUUAGAGUGUCAAUAUUGACAUCUAGCCAUUCUAGUUCAGUCACUUGGGAUGAAAUACGUCUGUUUAGUGAGAAGGGAGUUUGGAUGGGACACAAAGUCUGUAUUGUUCAUUGACAUUAGUAUUUAUUUUUGUUUCUCUACAUUCUAAUCUACACAACACUUUAAGUACCUGUCACAAAGUUUACUUGUACCAAAACAAACGCGAGUAUUGAAAAUUAAGACUAUGAAUGAUGGAUGUUUUUCCAAUUCUUUUGUGAAAUGUGGGACAAGGAUGUUUUUAUAUGCAACUUUUCUACAUUUUAUAAAGGCCUUGUAAAUAUACGACUAUACAGUAUAAAGGGAGAUCUGAAAUCUUUUUACUCUUUAAAUUGCAGAUACACGGCUACAGAUUUAUGGGGUGAUGCAAAAGCAUACUGUACAACUGAAGUGAUUACUGUUCUCUGCACAAGGGUACCACAAGUAACAGUACACGCAGUCUCU